AUGAAGAAUGCAGUUGAAAGAAAAAAAAGCAACACAGAAAAAAGAUAUACCAGCAACAAAGCCGAAUCCAGGAAGAGAGAAAUUAACAAGAGAAAAGGGACGUCGUUGGGAAAUGCCUCCAAAAAUGUAAUUAUUGAGCCACAUCCAAAGUUUGACGGUGUAUUUAUAGGAAGGGGGAAAGAGGACAUGCUUCUUACAAAGAAUAUGGUGCCUGGAUCUUCUGUCUAUGGCGAAAAGCGAGUGUGUGUGUCUUUGCCUGACAAAAGAAUUGAAUAUAGAGUUUGGAACUGUUAUCGAUCGAAGCUGGCUGCUGGAAUAGCAUGUGGAUUGGACAAUAUCUUUAUAAAACCAGGAACAGCGGUACUCUAUCUUGGAGCAGCAAAUGGAACAACACUCAGCCAUGUUUCUGAGAUAGUUGGGCCCGAUACUCUUGUAUAUGCUGUUGAAUUUUCACAGAGAUCUGGCAGGGAUCUUGUUAAUUUGUCAAUGAAAAGAAAUAAUAUUGUUCCAAUCAUUGCUGAUGCUAGGACACCCUAUAAAUACAGAGUGCUUGUGCCGAUGGUGGAUGUAAUAUUCAGUGAUGUUUCCCAACCUGACCAAUCCAGAAUAGUCAUGGAGAAUGCACAGUACUUCCUCAAGGACGACGGUGGAAUUCUUGUCAGUGUCAAAGCAUCCUGUGUUGAUUCAUCUGCCCCAGCUGAAAAGGUGUUUGCGGAUGAAGUUAACUGGCUAAAAAAGAACGAGUUUAAACCAAUCGAGCAAGUUACCUUAGAGCCAUAUGAAAAGAACCAUGCAAUAAUUUCAGGAAUAUACAAGCCUUUAAAAUCUAAUAAAUAA